AUCACGGCGAAGAGAUUCGCGUGAAAAUUUUGCCAGAGUUUAUGUGAAUUUUCGGGGAAAAAGUGUUUAGAAAAAUCGGAAACUUGCACGUAUGGCUAUUUAAGGGCUUCUCAAUCCCACUAUGUAAAAAUCCGGACUUUUCACCGAUUCUUUGAACAUAAACAAUCAGUUUGAUCCAGUUUUAUUACUCUUGGAAUUUGGCAAGAAUCCGGUGCUCUGUUGUCACGUUGUGCCUAUCAUCAUGAGUAAUACGGGAGAGACGAAAAGGACUACAUCGCGCUCUGUGAAUUCGGUGUGUGAUUGUGCCAGUUUUGCACAUAUCCUUACGGAUGUGAAGAAAAAAAUGGAUACCUGUCAUAAGAUAAUUGUUGCUCAGAAUGCCAAGAUAGAGGAGUUGAACUCAGCUGUUGCAGUGCUGACAGCUAAGUUGAAAGAAAGAAGUGUUGCGGCCAAGGAGGCUCCUGCAGUUCAAAAUAUCAGUUACAGAGAUGCAGUUAAGCGCACUAUGCCAGAGGAACACUUACUACUGGUGAAGCCAGCAAAUGAUGAGCAACGCGACUCCCUUAAGCAGAAACUGGUUAUUAAAAUAAAUCCAGAGGAUCUACAGGUUGGUGUGCAGAUAAAUAAGUGAUCGAUUCAUCUUCAAGCAUUAUUCCAGACGGGAUACUGUUAGGGAAUUUCGGCAGCAUGGGAAACUUUGAAGAAUGCCUUAGUAUUGUUUCCAAAGACCACACAAUCAAAGGACAAUAUUGUUUGAAACUCGUCCUGCCUAUUCCGAACCUCGACAAGGAAUUCAAAGAACUGGCAGAUGGUUUGAUAGGUUACCCAGUAGCUUUGUGUGUACCUAGGCAAUGUUCUGCCGAAGAAAUUAAUGAAAAGUAUAAAUUGUUUCCCGAUUCCCAUUUUUAUUGUCACACCGAAGAGAAUAGAUACCCACCAAUGACAAAGGGUGUCAUAGCUACAAUAUGUUUUCUUUGUACCAUGGGGCUAAUGAUGGUGUUAUCGACAGCAUACGAUGUCUAUUGUAGACAGAAUGGUAAAGCUCCUGCAAGCCCAGCUCUAAUAGCAUUUUCAGUAUACACCAAUACCCUGAGGCUGAUGGACACAAAAAAUAAAUCAGAUUUAUCAUGCAUCAGUGGAAUAAAGUUCUUUAGUAUGAUUUGGAUUGUUUUGGGACAUGUCUUUACAGGAUAUUUAGUGUCACCUUUCAUGAAUCUCAUUGACAUACUUGACUAUGAAAAAACAACAAGGGCAAUGUUCCAACAUGGCACAACAUUUGCAGUUGAUACUUUUUUGUGCCUAGCAGGGCUUCUGGUAGUAUACAACUUCUUGCAAGCAAUGCAGUCUGGUAAAAAAUUCAAUAUUUUUCUUUUUUAUCUACAUAGAUACCUGCGAUUAACGCCAGCUCUAGCAGCAUUGAUUCUGGUGACAGUAUACCUGUUGGACUACAUGGGCAGCGGACCGAGAUGGGCUCUGAUGAGAGAAUUGUUCCAAAAGCAGUGCGAAAAGUAUUGGUGGACGUCCUUACUGUACAUACAAAAUUAUGCCAACGAACAGAAUAACAUAUGCUUGUCUCAUACGUGGUAUCUAAGUGUGGACACUCAGCUGUAUUUUUUCUCUCCCAUUUUACUCAUUUUGUUAUGGAAGUAUCCAACAGCAGGGAUAACAUUACUAAUAUCUGCCACUUUUGGAUCUAUGGUUGCAGUUGCCUACCUUACAUAUGAAUAUAAGUUACCAGCGUUGUAUAACUCAAUACUAAUCUGGGCUAACUUAAAGGACUUCACAGCAAAAUACUACUUUAAGACACAUACAAGAAUGUCUGCAUAUCUCAUUGGAGCUAUAGCUGGAUACAUUCUACACGUUUUGAAAGGCAAAAAAUAUCACAUUUCAAGGAAAUUAUUGUUAGUGAUAUGGACUGCUAUGUUAGCACUGAUGUUAGGAUGUAUUUUUGCCGGUCAUGACACAAUGUUGGGUCCAGAGUACAGAAAAUGGGACCAUGUGUUUUAUAAUACGUUUGUCAGGCCCACUUGGUCUAUAUUUAUUGCUUGGAUGGUAGUAGCUUGUGUUUUAGGACAUGGAGGUAUAAUCAACUCAUUUCUCUCUAACAAAAUAUUCCAAGUACUGAGCAGAUUUUCAUACAGCGUUUACUUGAUCCACUUUGUCGAAAUUUGCUUAUGGGAAUUGUCACGAAAGACGGGCGUCUACUUCACAGAAGUCGGAAUGCUCUUCGAUUUCUGGGGCCAUUUCAUGUUCUCCUUGAUAAUAUCGUACAUAUGGGUAUUAGCAUUUGAAGCGCCAGUUACUGCGCUAGAGAAGCUAUUGCUAAGGUAGCAUUUCAGCCAUCAAGGUAUCGUCCAGCCACCGCAGCAGAAUACUGGUAACUGUAUUGUUUGACCCUAUCUACUAUAG